AUGCAUCUAAAUAAGCUUUGCCAGUAUAUCCCCACCCAUUCAUUUAACAAUAAUAAUUAUAAUAAUAUAUAAAACAAAUAAACAUGAAAUAAAAUAGAUAGAUAGAUAGAUUUGAUCUACUAUAGUGCAAUUUAAAAAGAACAGGUUUGAGUUUUUUGUCAUGUGCAUCUUGCUGGUAAGCUUCUUUACAUGAUAACAAGCAAAGCCAAAUGUUAGAAAACCUUGAAUCAAUUUCAUGAUACCACAUCUUAGUCUCUCAUUCAGGUUUUCUUUCAUUUUUUCCCAGCUGUAUGUUUGUGUACGUGUACGUACGGUAGAGGAAGAGAGGGUAGAAUGGAGCAGAGGGGGCAGGUACUGGAGUUAGAGCCACUCCUCCAAUAGGGCCACGGUGUGCCCUUGUUCCAAUGGAAACAGGUGGGAUUCCCAGACUCUCCAAUCAAAUCCUCCCUACGCUGUGGACAGGGUGGAGAGUGUAGAAGUCCACAACCGGAGGCAGGACGUAACCAACUUCCACAUUGAGCACAGGAAAAGUCGGGAAAACACAUCUGCCCACGCAUGUCGCCGUCUCACUUGGCCUGCAUGUGUCCUCAGAGCGUUUCCUGCAGCUCACCGGAGCGCUGCUGAAGUUCUUGCUGCUCGGGCUGCUGUUGAGGCGGCGUCGGAGCGUCGCUGCUAUGGAGAACACCUACUAACCGGAUUGUCGGAUUGUUUUUCUUGGAUUUAUUCCUUUUCCAAUCGAUCAGGCUUAUACCCUGUUGGCGUUCUCUUGCAGUGUGAAUAUAUAAACAGCUGGAAAAAUGCCUGGGAAAACCAAGUACAACCUCGUUGAUGAUGGACACGAUUUGAGGAUCCCGUUGCACAACGAGGAAGCAUUCCAGCAUGGGAUCAACUUCGAGGCAAAGUAUAUUGGCAGUCUGGAUGUGGCGCGGCCGAGCAGCAGAGUGGAGAUUGUGGCUGCCAUGAGACGGAUCCGGUAUGAGUUCAAGGUGAAAAACAUCAAGAAGAAGAAAGUUCACAUUGUGGUGUCUACAGAUGGCGUCAAGGUUACCUUGAGAAAAAAGAAAAAAAAGAAAGAGUGGACCUGGGAUGAGAGCAAGAUGAUUGUGAUGCAGGAUCCAAUUUACAGGAUAUUCUACGUUUCCCAUGAUUCACAAGAUUUGAAGAUCUUCAGCUACAUUGCCAGAGAUGGACAAAGCAAUGUUUUCCGCUGUAAUGUUUUCAAGUCCAAGAAGAAGAGUCAAGCCAUGCGUAUCGUUCGGACUGUCGGCCAGGCGUUCGAGGUUUGCCAUAAACUCAGUCUGUUACAUACACAGCAAAAUGCAGAUGGAAAGGCGGACUGCAACGGCGAAAAGAGUGGCAGCGAUUCUUCUGGCGUGCGUGCUUAUCCACCUGUAUGUGUGUGUACUUUCCUCGGCCCAGCUCAGGAGCUAACAGGUGAGGAGAAGAUGCCAGCGAGCAUCACCGAGGAGACAGACAUUGAUGCCGAAGAUCUGGUCCAGGUGCCGACGGCCGAGGACUUAAACCUCAACAGAGGAGUGACCGAUCUUGAUGCCACUGCCAAGACACCUGACCUAAACCAAUCAGAAAAUAAGGCUUUUGAGGAGCCAUCUCUUCUGAUGUCCAGUCCCAGGAUGCUGCUCCCAGCAUCAGGCACAUUGCCCCCUGGGGCCCCAUUGUCUGUCCACCACCAGAUCCAGCUGCUCCAGCAGCAACUACAGCAGCAACAGCAGCAGACUCAAGUUGCCGUAGCACAGGUCCAUCUCCUGAAGGACCAGCUGAACGCCGAGGCCACGGCUCGGCUGGAGGCCCAAGCUCGAGUCCAUCAACUGCUGCUUCAAAACAAAGACCUGCUACAUCACAUCUCCCUGCUGGUUAAACAGAUCCAGGAGCUAGAAUCCAAGAUGGUUGGACCAAAUUCUAUGGGCUCCCAAGACAGUUUGUUGGAGAUUGCCUUCCGAUCCACGGUACCUCCAGUAAUUUGCGACGCCACCACACCUAAAUCCGAGGUGUCGGAUGUUAACCUUUCUCUGCUCGGCAUUGGUGAUGGAACCAGCAACGCCUUUUCCUCUACCAACGGAACUCUGGGAAGCCCACUAGUUGAUCAGAGUUUGUUUGAGAACUCCAUUGCCCAGAAGCAGAGCCCUCAGACCUCCAGAACAGGUCAACACUCCACCAGACGCUCUUCAACCUCAGCUAAUUCCAAUACUGGCUCCACCUUUAUCGACUCUCCAUCCUCUGGAGGACAGCAAAGGCUGAAAAAUGCCAUUAACCUGGGCAAGGCAGUUGGGGCAAAGGUCAACGACCUACUGAGAAGAAAGGAGCCCAGCCACCUUGGGGACAUCGGGGUUACUGAGGUCAAUAAGAAUGUUGGUGCUGUUUGGAGCAGCAUGGACGAACUUGGCCACAAUUCUGCCAGCAGUCACAUCUUCGAUUCCUUUCCUCGUCUCGACCCACCGCCACCAACAGGAAAGAAACGUGUCCCUCGAGCUCUGAAGACAACCCAGGACAUGAUGAUCUCCUCUGACCCAGUGGUCUCCUCGCCAGAGCCAGCAGACUCUCCCACCUUCCUCCCCUCCCCUAAAAAAACCUCUUUAGUCCCCAACAAGGAGAUGAGGAGUGAGGAAGAACAGCAAGGAGACGGGAAGGAGCAGGAGGAGAGGUCGACAGAAAUCACACUAACGCUUAGUCCAGCAGAGUACAAAGCUGAUUCAGAGACAGAGGGGACCAAAUCCACUACUGAAGAAGUCACAGAAGGGGAGGAGGAAAAGGGGAGCCAAGAAGGAGGUGAGGAGGAACAUCGGAACCAGCUUCAGCUGUCUGUGCCAGACCUCAUCAACAAAGAUCCUGUCCCGGAGUCCAGAGCCAAACUCUGUGACGUCUGGCAGAGGGCGUCCUCGCCAGACUCCCGGCUUGCCUCCUCUCCUAUCUUGGGCAAGGCGCCCUGCCGCAUCAGCCUGGGGGAGGAGGUCCUGCUAGGGAACGGCGCCCCCUGCAGCAAAGAGUCAGGAGGGAGCGUUGAGGAUGCAGAGCCUCAUCCAGACCUGCUCUCCUUCGAGUAACACAAAGUUCAGUGGAUCAAUAUUUACAGCCAUCUUUAAAUUUUUCACCCAUCUGGCUUUACUGUCGAAAAAAGGGAACAGAUUAUUUUAGGAAGCAGGGCAGGCUGCAGACUUGUUACUUUUCUAACUUUAUAUCAGCUUUUUAGACAGUUUUAUCACUGGGUUAAGGUCAGUCAGACAUCAUAAAAUAUAAUUUUAUAAAUAAAAACAGGAAACUGCCACUUGUUUCGCCAUUAUCUCUGACACAUGUUGCUGAAGUAGCAAACAGAAAAAACAAGGGCAUUUGUUUUAGUAGUUAAAGUUUUAACAAAAGUAAUCAAAGUUAAAAAAAAUAUAUAUUUAUAUUCACUUUGCAUUUUUUAAGCUUUGGCUGUUAAAAGUCUCCUGUCUGCUUUAAUAAUGUAAUGACAACUCAAUUAUGUAUUAAUGAAUGUAUUUACUCCAGUGACGUUCCCUUUAAAUGGGUUAACGUUUUACAGAUAUGAACAAAACCUUAAAAUUCUUAAACAUUACACCGGUAAGGUUUGUUUGUUUUUAGGUAUGUUGCUACGCUGCUGCAUUGAAGCCAGUUAGAAACUGCAAAAAUGUCAUAUGUUAAAUAGAAGCAUAUAUUUUACAUUUUGUAAUUUUAAGCUAAGUGGUGAGGGGUUUUUCUUAGAGCGGUUGUUUUUACCAGUCUGGAAAACAAGCUCUGAAAAACCAAACAGUAAGUGAGAAUUACAGGCAGAAUGAAGGUGUUCCAGAUUUAACAGUGUGGGUGAAUAUCACUAUAACAGCAGGACUGCAACCUUCAUCCAUUAAAAAAUCAUUU